CCUCGAAGCUUUAAUCCCUCCCGCUGCCGUACCGCCUUAUCUGCUCCCAGCAGCUUUCACUGCUGCAAAGCCCUCUCCCCCCUCCUUCCCUGGAUCUUCUUUCCCCUCCUUCCGCGUCCUCUCUUCUCUCUGACCACCACCACCCCGCACCCCCGGCCUGCCUCUGCCUCUCGGGCCCCUACGAUGACUCCUGGCUGCCACCAGAUACGAACGCCAGUGCCCUUGGCCCUUUCUCCAGCCUCAGCUCCGAGGUUGCCAGCUGCCUACCCGGCCCCGCACUGGCCUCUCCCCACCCCAACCCUCCCCCGACAGACUCCACAGACUUGGUCAGCUUCUAACCAGCCGAGAUUUUGCAUCUUUCUUCCCUCCCUGCCCUCCCUUCUCUGUCCCCCGCCCCUUGUUCCUCCAGCGGCCCCCUCGAUCCCAGACGUGGUCGCCUUCAACCCCCGGUCACCCACUGCCCCCACUGCCUCGGCCUGGGCGGGCCCCCAACCCUGAUGCGGGGCUUUCGGUGCCAGCCACAGGAGACGGGUCAAGGCUGGGCUAACCGGCCCUCGGACAGAGCAGGGGGUGCCCAGUGCUGGCGGCCAGUGGGGGCAGGGCCCAGCGGCGGGACGCUAACCCUCUUCAGUUGCCUCAGAUCACGUCCGGGCCUCCCCACCCCCUUCGCUGGGACUCUCAUUAACCGCUUCUCCUGCCUCGUCCGCGGCAUAAAUAACCCAGAUAAAUCAGCCGCCGUCCGCCCCCCGCCCCUCGGCCCCCGCACAGCCCGUUUGUCACCGCUGCUCGCUCACCAGCCAGGACUGGCCCAGUCCCGGCCUCCGCCCCCCGAUCCGUGUCCCUUUCCCACCCACGUCUGUCCCACACUGGCCGGUGCCCGGGGUCCCCAGCAGAGCCAGGCCUGGGACAGGUAUCAGCUGGGCUGGGCAGGGUGGCAGGGCGGUGUACUCUGGGAGCUGAGGGCAGCUGGGGCCUCCCUCUAGGACUAUGCUGCCUAGGAGUUUGGGGGGUCAUGUCAUUUAUGAGUGGGUUCACCCAGGCUGGGCACGUGAGACCCACGAAGAGGGUGGGGGGAAGGGGCCAAUGUAGCUUAGCUUGGGGGUCCCAGCUGGGAGAAGAGGCAACCCAAGGCCUGAGGGUGCGGGGCAAGGUAGUUGGGAACCCCCAAACUGGAUCCUGAGAGGCCUCCAGGUCUACCUUCUGGAGCACUUUGCCCAAAUGAAACCUCCAUGCCCCCUACCAGGGGCUCUGAGUCAGAACCCUCCGGCCCUCCCUCACCUAUCUGCCCCCCAUUCCCCCGCCCUGCCUGGUCAGGCCACACAGAUGCACCACUCUAAUCGCUGCCUCAGUCCAUCCACCGGGCUCUCUCUGUCGGGAAGCCUACUUCAGCCGGGUGGGGGUGUGUGGAGAACUGGACUGGGGAACAAGUCUGGGCAGUGGGGCCAACGGGAGGGUGGGCAGAGGACGCCUGGCUAAGGCUUCACGUCUUGACCCUGCCCUCCCCCCCUCCCCCCAACUCCUCCCCCCCAACCUGCACCCACAUUCCCACCCCCAGAGUCCUGGGCAGCCCCUCCCCCCUUGCUCACACCCGGCCCGGGUCCCAGCUAGCCACACUUGGCCCUGAUGCUCACUGCAGGGGGCAGCCGGUCCCCUGGGAGUGGGUGGGAGAAGCAGGGGGGAAAAGGAAGGGGGAGCUUGGGCGCAGGGCUGGGGGUGGGGGUGGGGAAGAAGCUGGGCCGGGCCCCAGGGACCAGCUGGGCAAUGAGCCGGGGAAGCAGCCGGGAGGCUAAAUGAGGGAGAUUAUCACCCAACUGCAGCCGGGCAGAGAGGGAGGCAGGCAGGGAAGCGGGGAGAGGGAGGGGAGAAGGGACGGGGGCCAGAGGGGAAGGGGGUGUAAAGGGGAUGGGGUGGGGGUGACAGGGGAGGCUGGAGGGAUUGGGGGGAAGGCCAAGGGAUGAGCUGGAAAGACAUGGAGGGGCUCCCACUGAGCACAGCCAUAUUCCCGGGGUCUGGGAGACUGGAUGGUGGGGACUUGGGAACAAUUGGAGACAGCUGGCUGUGGGGCAGUAGGAAGAGGGGGGCGCAUGCGGCUCACUGCUGCUCCACUUUGCAGUGGCCUGGAACUCCCCUCACCACCCUCCGCCCCCUGACCCCCUUAGCCCCCUACACAGGGUUACCACCCAACUUCACUCCUGCUAGAGGCUGAAGGCUUCCUGACGCACCCUCAGGAGGAAAAGGGUGUGCUUUGGGCUCAUGAUGGAGGUCAGUUAUGUUGGGGGGCACGACCUGUGUUCACAGGACAGUUUAGUAAUAUGCACGGAGUCCUGGGCAGCAACCAGUGCUGGGGGAGAGCUUGGGGGUUAGCUCCCCAUUUUCUUGGCAGAGCCCCAGACUGAAGUAACCUUAAAAAAGCAAUUAAAUCACCUUAAAAAAAAAAACAGUAAAGAAAAAUCAAUACCAGGAGAAAGGGGGAAGAGAGAGGCUGGGGAAGACAAGGAGGUGGGGGAGGAAGGCUGGAAGGGUCUGGUGGUCUACAGGGAGGGGUGAGCAUGGCAGAGGCUGCCUGGGCGGAGGCAGCGAUGGGGGCUCUCGGUGGUCACUUGGCGACUCUUGAGUGCUAACUCAGCAGCUGCUCUCAGUACCAACCCCUGUCCCCUCUGGGACUUGGCCAGACGAAGCCCCUGGCCCCAGGAGUCUGGGCUCCUCAGAGUGAAGGAGCUGGCCCGGCCAAGGGGCCCCUGAAGAAGCUACUUUGAUGAGAGGCUGGGGCCAACCCCCGCAGGGUGCUACACAGGGCUGGGGUUGGGGGGGCUCUGUGUGUGUGUGUGUGUGUGUGUGUGUGUGUGGGCUCCACGCUUGGGUGACCUGCAGUGGACAUGGCCUGACCUGGGCUUGCAGCCAAGGGUGUGCAGAGCCGUUCCCUGCCCCCCUGGGGAGCCACUCCUGGGCCCCUUUCUGGGGCAGGGCAGGCCUGCCGCAGGGGAGGGGUGGCCGCUGGGCAGCGGGUGGACCUCAGGCUCUAAUCCCCGGCUGCUGCCGUUUCCCUCAGAUCGAUUCCCUUCUCACUUUUUUUUUUCAGCUGCUGGUUCCGCGGCUCGGAUCGAUGGAGCCGCCUUCCCCGCCCCUCUGAGCUUCCUCUCCCUGCUGCUCAUUAGCGCCCCGAUUAAUCAGGCCCCCCCUUUCCUCUAGGGGACAAGUGAUUCCUCUCCCAUGAGGGCUUCACUCUCGCACAGCUCCCCCAUCCAGGGCACAGGCAGCUCACUGUGACCACUCCACCCUGGGGGUACCCCGGCAUCAUCCCUUCUGGGCCAGCCACCAUGGGCCCCAUCCUGCCUCUCCUCUGCAAGGUGCAGCCACCCCAGCGCUCCCCUGCCCCUCUGCCUAGCACCCCCUGUGCCUGCUUCUUUAGGAUUGCAUUCCCUCUGAUUCAAACCCAGCACAUCUGGGCUCCCUCCAGAACCCCCAUUUGGGCUCUUCCUGACCUCCAUGCGAUACCCUCUCCCCCACAUCAUACAGCCUCUGCUCCCUGGCCUGGCCACCCAACACGUUCCCCCGCCCCCACCACAGGCCUGGCUGUGGCAAGGGAUUUGGGAAAUAUUUGGGGAGGCAAAGUGGCCACAGAUGCUUAUGCCGGUCAGGGUGCCCUCUAUCACAGACACAGGAGAGACUGAGUUUGGGGAUGGAGAUGAAGUCGGGGAGAGGGCGGCCAAAAUCGGAGAGCAGGCAGGGGCAUGGUGGAUGUUAAGUCCGGAGCAAAGCUCUAAGGAAGUCAAGUAUCUGGAUGGAGCCAUCACUGACCCCUUGUCUGUCUUGCCUGCCGUUCUCUGCCCUCCCCUCCCCUCCCUCAUUCAAACAAGUGGCUUUCCCGAGGAGUUCUCUGGAAGGUGCUGUGAGUGGGGUAGCGAGGUCAGGUGGUGGUUGGGUGCUGCUGUUAGGAGUCAGGGAGGCCAGGAGGUGGGGGAUGGAGUUGGCUGACCCUUCUCGGGGUGUGGUCCAGAAAAGUGGCAGAAUAAGCUAAGGACUCUGGGUGCAAACCUCUUCCCUGGUGGCCUGGGAGUGGGGCCAGGUGGGGACCCCACGCGUGACGAGGGUGUAGCAAGAGUUUGGGGGCCUCCCGACGAGGUCCCAGGCAGGGCCCGGAGAUUCCUGUCCGGGGCUGGGGGCUGCCCCCCUCCCCUGGCCUGGCUCCUGCCGCCCGUGCCGCCGGUGAAACGCUGUUGACAUGUCCUGAAUUAUUAAGCACGGGGUGGGCUCCGGAGCACAUGCUGAGCGGAGCGGCUGGGGCUGCACGGCGUGGCGGAGCAGCGCUCGCUCCCUCGCUCACUCGCUCGCUCGCAGGGACACACGCAGGGGCUGACAGCUGUGCUGGUGCUGAUAAGGGAAGCCACAAGGAGACGAUCGAGGAGAGAGACAAGCGGCGGCAGAGGCAGAGGCAUCAUCAGGGCUGCGGAGCUGCUGGGAGUGGGAGUGACUCCCCCACCUCGGCCCCCACCCUGUCCCCAUCCUCUUCCCCGUUUGCCCUGAGUUUAGAAGAGCCGCUGCUGCCAGCGCCGCCACUCCGGAGGGCACCCGGGGCUGCUGGCCAGGGAGGGACAGGGGCAGGAAGGCUCCGGCUGGUCCCAGCAGCUGGGGACAGAUGCCGAUCGAGAUUGUGUGCAAAAUCAAAUUUGCAGAGGAGGAUGCGAAACCCAAGGAGAAGGAGGCAGGGGAUGAGCAGAGCCUCCUGGGGGCCGCUCAGGGGGCAGCAGCCCCCCGGGACCUGGCCACCUUCGCCAGCACCAGCACUCUGCAUGGGCUGGGCCGGGCCUGUGGCCCAGGCCCCCAUGGACUGCGGAGAACCCUCUGGGCACUGGCCCUCCUCACCUCUCUGGCUGCCUUCCUGUACCAGGCGGCCGGCCUGGCCCGAGGCUACCUGACCCGGCCUCACCUGGUGGUGAUGGACCCCGCUGCCCCAGCCCCGGCGGCCGGCUUCCCCGCCGUCACCCUCUGCAACAUCAACCGCUUCCGGCAUUCGGCCCUCAGCGACGCCGACAUCUUCCACCUGGCCAACCUGACCGGGCUGCCCCCCAAAGACCGGGAUGGGCACCGUGCUGCUGGCUUGCGCUACCCAGAGCCCGACAUGGUAGACAUCCUCAACCGCACCGGCCACCAGCUCGCCGACAUGCUCAAGAGCUGCAACUUCAGCGGGCACCACUGCUCUGCCAGCAACUUCUCCGUGGUCUAUACUCGCUAUGGAAAGUGUUACACCUUCAACGCGGAUCCGCAGAGCUCUCUGCCCAGCCGGGCGGGGGGCAUGGGCAGCGGCCUGGAAAUCAUGUUGGACAUUCAGCAGGAGGAGUACCUGCCCAUCUGGAGAGAGACAAAUGAGACAUCAUUUGAAGCGGGCAUCCGAGUGCAGAUCCACAGCCAGGAGGAGCCACCCUACAUCCACCAGCUGGGAUUCGGCGUGUCCCCAGGCUUUCAGACCUUUGUGUCCUGCCAGGAACAGCGGCUGACUUACCUGCCCCAGCCCUGGGGCAAUUGCCGGGCGGAGAGUGGGCUCGGGGAGCCUGAGCUUCAGGGCUACUCAGCCUACAGCGUGUCUGCCUGCCGGCUGCGCUGUGAAAAGGAGGCCGUGCUUCAGCGCUGCCACUGCCGAAUGGUGCACAUGCCAGGCAAUGAGACCAUCUGCCCGCCAAAUAUCUACAUCGAGUGUGCCGACCACACACUGGACUCCCUGGGUGGGGGCUCCGGAGGCCCGUGUUUCUGUCCUACUCCCUGCAAUCUGACCCGCUACGGGAAAGAGAUCUCCAUGGUCAGGAUCCCCAACAGAGGCUCGGCCCGGUACCUGGCAAGAAAAUACAAUCGCAACGAGACCUAUAUACGAGAGAACUUCCUGGUUCUCGAUGUCUUUUUUGAAGCCCUGACCUCUGAGGCCACGGAGCAGCGAGCAGCCUACGGCCUGUCAGCCCUGCUGGGAGACCUUGGGGGACAGAUGGGACUGUUCAUCGGGGCCAGCAUCCUCACAUUGCUAGAGAUCCUCGACUACAUCUACGAGGUGUCCUGGGACAGACUGAAGCGGGCGUGGCGUCGUCCCAAGACCCCCCUCCGGACCUCCACCGGGGGCAUCUCCACUUUGGGGCUUCAGGAGCUGAAGGAGCAGAGUCCCUGCCCAAGCCGGGGCCGGGCUGAAGGCGGGGGUGCCAGCAGCCUGCUCCCCAACCACCACCACCCCCACGGCCCCCCAGGAGGCCUCUUUGAAGACUUCGCUUGCUAGGAUGGUGCUGUGUCCAAAAGGACCCAGGAGUCUGGGACUCCUCCUUGGAUCCCCCCUUGGACUCCGGCUCCCAGAACAGGAGGCCUGGGGUGGGGGUGGGGGGGCCCAAGGCUGAGGGAGCAAGAGCGGUGCCCACUGGAAGGGUGGGGUCUCUCACUCACCCUGGCGCCAGCUGCUUUGCACAAGGCUUCCUCUUGUGCACACCCUCCACCCCCAGGUUGGUGACCAGGGAGAACUGCAGACCAGGACGUGGGCCCCUGAGGAAGAGAGAAGGGGUGGGGGAGGAAAGAGGGAGGAGGAAAAAGGGGCCCACUCCAGGAGUGGAACUCUCUGUACAUUUGUAUAUAUUCUGGGAGGACAGGGUGGGGGUAGGGUACCGAUGUAGAAGGCGGGUGGGACAAUGGUGAUCGGGGUGGGUAGUUUAGGGACAGCCAGGACCCCAGUCCUGCAGUGUCAGCAGGAGAGGGCAGGCCCCCAGGACUCAGGACAGCUGGGCUGGUCCUGCUUCCUGCCCUGCUCCAGACCCGGCUCCCCUUUCGGCAGGGGAGUGGGUGAUCCAGCCGGCCUGGCCCAGCUCCCAGUUUCCCCUGCCCCAACUCCACUCCCCGAAGCCUGCGCCACAGGGAGCAGCAGCUCUUCCAGACCUUGGCUGAGCUUGGGGUUGGGAAAGGGGGCUUCCUCAGGCCUCUCUGCUUCUGAUCUGGUUUUAUAAAGUGCUGACAAAAUUGGGAAUAAAGAGGCAUUAAGAA